AACAGUUCAGGGCUGUCACGCUUCAGGUCUCGUCCCGUCAGCCUCUAGAAGUGAAGGAGUUCAACCUUCAUCUCGGAUCAAGAUCGUGGAUUCGUCAUCUCGGUAGUCGAUCGAGCUGAUCAUCCGACAUCCAUGGGCCAGGAUGACGGCUUCUGACUUGGUUCAGUUGGUUUUGACAUGCCCCGACUUCCCCGCUCUCCUACCAUCUCUGGUUGGACAACAAGGUCUGUUGGGUUUGCAGAACGACCCGAUCAGCCGGAUCAGCACUUCUGUCAUCUCGUCCAUCUGCCUCUCGAUUGCUCGUAGUGCUUCGCUACUUCGGCCGGCAGGCCCCAUUGCUCCGCUUUUCUCUCCAUAUUCUUACACUCUGCCUUGACUUCUUCACCUCUUAUAGACCUCGUUUCAAACGAGCGCGACGUCCAGUUCUCCUUCAUUUGGCGCAGAUUCGCCUCAGAUCAAGAUGCUCGUCAAAAGUCUUGUCUUGAACGUGAAUGCUUUCCUUUGAUACUCACUCAUCCAGCAGGCAGUGAUUUUACUCUUUUGACUUACAUCGAUCUUUUCUGGUUGUUCUUCUUUGAUUUUCAAUGUCGCGAUCGGGGAGAGGAGAACGGCUGGUGUAACUCUUGGAUGUCUCAAUGACAGCAAAUGAGCUUCCAUGUGCCUUCUACAUUCCUGAUAAUCUUGGUGCUCAGGUGAACCGACGGGCUGGAUACCUCUUGAUGACUUGCUAUUUAUCAGGCUGACCUUAUUCUCGAGAGCUAUGGAGGAGCAAGAGGUCGCAAAUUCGUAACUCCCACGGAAGAACUGGAAUGGUUUCAAACUUUGAAAAGUAUGAUGAUCGCAGAGUAGCCGUCUCGAAGGGAGGAUAGCCGCGUCAAUUGAGAGGAGAGGAUAAAUUUUCCUGGUAGCUUUGUAGAGGCCGUAGCCAUGCCGCAGCCACCGCACACAUAUUGCAAGCUCUUAAGUCCCGAAAUCAAAGUGGUAAUUCCGGAGGAUCCGAAAUUGAAGAAGUUCCAUGUCUUUCAGCAGCUUGAAAACGACAAAGAGACUCAUGCCUUGGAAAACUGGCAAUGGUUCGAAGAAGACAGACCCAAGCUUCAGGAGAGCAUUUCAAGGAGAAUCAACAGACCCCAAGACAAGCUGAUGAUGGACCAAGGGUUCUAUCAUCGGAUGAAGAUGGAAAAUGCGGGUGUUGUGGAUUCGUUGAAGCGAAUCGAAGACAGAGUUCGUGGAGAAACGUGGUGGAGAAUGAGCUUGCGAAACAACUGGGAGAUGCCUGUCGGAGUUCACGGAAUGUGUAGUAAACCGGAGAAUUUGAUGGCGCAAAGAAAAAAAGAGAUUGUGAGAAUUGGUAACCCAGACAAAGAAACGCCCAAAUUGGAGUAUUUCAAGGAUACGUCGAGCCGUGAUCAGAGGCGCAGUAAUUGGAAUGAAUUUGAUUGGUUCAUUCACAACCUUGUAGGCGAUCUUCACAAGGAGCACCCAUUCUAUCCCAAUUUCAAGGGUUUGCAGAUAAGAGGAAAAGCAAUUCAUCCGUACUCUGAAUCUCCCGACUUAACCUAUGAUGAAGGCGACUAUGAUGAAAGAUAUGCUGACUUCCGUGACUCUGAUGAUGAGAAAGAGAGAGAAAUUUUGCCUUACGAACCUUACGAGCCGAGAAAGGAAGUUAAAAAGGGACCAGCAGCCGAUAUAAGUACACCCCAUCUACUGUUUUGUUGUAAACCAGGGAAGAUCGAUGAAAGGACUGUCACAGUGAAGAAUAGAGGCACUACAGCAAUCUUUUACUCGUGGGAGCGCAGACCUGUAGAGCCUCUUGUCCUCCCAGGCAGGCAAAAAGAAGGCUGGCGGUUAUUCACUGUCAUGCGCGGUACCGGAAGUCUUCUGCCUGGAUAUGCAAGGAAAUUCACAUUCAAGUACUCUUCCCGUGAAGUGGGCACACAUUUAGAAAAGUGGGUUUGCCGCAUUUAUCCCAGGCUUGAGAAACCGGUAGAGGUUGUCGAUCUCAAGGGCGUGACCAUGUUCGAAGAUCGUCUCAGAAAAUGGCGAAACGCGUUCACAAGAGCACUGGAAUAUCGAGAGAUGAUGACAGGCAUUCGUGAAGCAUUUGUAGAUAUUCUAAACACAGCUGGCAAAAACAGCCGACCUCCGGAAGAACUGAGAAAUCAAGAAUACUUAUACACCAAAGCUGCGUUUGAUUUCAUUCGUAACAACCUGGCUGUAAAUCCUCCGAUAUUUUUUGCCCCCAUUGUUUUCAAGGAGCUUGAAAAGCUCGCACAAGUCGUGUCUGCAACUGUCCCGAAGGCACCUGAUCCUCCUCCAGAAGAAGUUGUGGUUGAAGAGGAAACGGACCGCUCUCGCAGAAAGUCGAAGAAAGAUAAGAAAGACAAGAAGGACAAGAAAGAGAAGAAGAAGAGGAAAGAUACGACCUCUGACGAGCAAGAUGGCGAAACGCCUGACAACCAAAAGAAAUCACGAAGAAAAAAAUCGAAAAGCGAUGCUGCUGCUGCUUCGUCUGAAGCAGAAGCAGAACCUGAAGCUGACAAAGAAGAUGCAGGGAAGAAGUCUCGUAGGAAAAGCUCCAAAAGCUCUCCAGAGGGCGACGCAGAACCUUCGGCAGACAAGAAAGAGAAGAAGUCGCGCAGAAAAGGGUCGAAGAGCAAGUCUGAGACCGCCACAGCUUCCGAAACAGAGAAUGGAUCGGCUGGUGCCGUGGCAUCGUCGCCUCCACAACCCGAUGGGCGUGCGGUAGAAGUAAGUCCAGCUGCAUGGGCUGGAUCCGUGUCCAGCAUUCUGGAAGCAAUAAACUGUUCUCCGGAGAGGCAGCAGAGGCGACAACUCAAGAAGCAGCUAAAUGCGUUGCUGGAGACUGCAGCUGUGCCCAACCAUCAAACAUCUCUGUUGCUCAUGGCCAUGUACAAAAGUCUGUCCCAGAUAUCGAGCGAUGUGGAAAACGUGUUGGAGACUAUAACAGAAGAAACUGGUCGACCUAUCGUCGAGCAGCUGUUGCAAAAAUACUACGCCCAGAUCGAGGCAGAGCAAGCCGCAGCUGAAUCAGUCCAGGGGUCGGACGCAGGGGAGGAUCCAGAUGAUAUGACUUGGCCCUUUAAGGAUGAUGAUUCGGAAACGGAUUGGCUUCCAGAAGAAGAGAAGAACCUGGUCAAGAGGGAACGAGCUAAUGACAUGCUAGCGUUCAUAAUGAAAUGGAUCCAUAUUCUCACUGAAGCAAGGUGCGUCUUAAGAUAUGGUUUUGACAAGUGUCAAGAUCGGAUCAGUGACGAACAAUCUUCUGUGGCUGCUAUGAUAGACCAGAAAAUUCUCGAGUACUCUAAAGAAUCCAGUGAGGACGCUUGCUGGAAGGUCUUUGAUUUCGAGAGGAAGAAGCAACACCUACAAGAGGAACUGGUCUCUCUCCCGAGCUGCCAGCUACCGAAUUGUCCAAACUGUCCUCGGCCUGAGAUCCCGAACGAGAAACAACCCGAGACCCAUUCUGAAAUCCCUGAACUGGCAGCAGAUGGAUUGGGCACCUUGAUCUAAACAACAUGCCUUCGAUGCAUGCCAGCAUGGUCCUGAAAACUGAUCUGGUUCACCUCUCUGUCUCCCCAUUGUCCCUUCUGACACAUUUCCCAGUCCACAUGUAACAUAGUCGUGCUCUCUCUCUCUCUCUCUAGCCUUCCCACAAAGCGGUGUAGCGGUUCUCCUUAUAAAUUCCCACAUAGAAUCCUGCCGCUCGUCCGAUUUGUCUCCCUCUGCAGAUUCUCCUUCUGCCAUAGCAACCUUCGCUCAGAGUCUCCGUCCCGACACAAAGUUUUGUUAGUGUAGCGGGCUAUGAUCCCCUGUGUCGUGGUGGAGAAAGGAAAGCGAAGGGAAGGUCGCUGGCAGCUGCGAAACACUACACAGGUUUGCAGCAGCAUCCAGUUCUGACGAGAGCUUUGGAGUAGCAAGCUCUUCAAGCUGUGUCCAGAGGACAUUUGUUGAUGAACAAGCAGUGGACAUCUUUUUAACAUUGUUCAACUGGU